GGUAAAGAGGUUAAGACUUAAUUUUUGGAUCAAAUUUUAAUCAAUUAAUAGAACCAACCCCUUGCGUGCGACUUUGAGGUUUGGUUUCAUCAAUAACUAGCUAAUUACCACAAAUCGAUUUUUAAUGAUACUUACACUCUGUGAUCCACUUUAACAUCCUGCCUAGAUAAUAUCUGCGCUCUUACCUCCAAGCCAACACGUGAAAGAAACUCUCUCCAGCACGGCUCCCCGAAACCCUACGUGACCGUCCACUCAAGGGCCCUUGAGAGGAAAUAGUUGACCUGAGCCAGUAACGGUCUUUCCUCUCCUCUUUCUCCUUCAGAUUUUCCGUUGCCAAGGUUACUUACUACCAAGACAAGAUCAGACACCCCACAGACAGUUCAUAUGAGUCUCCUCCUCGCGCUCAUCUCUCUGACUGCUGAUGACUGCCAGCACCUGCUGGUGACGCCACAGAGAGGUCAGACCGGUCAGUUUUUCAGAGACACGCUUGAGUGAGGGAGGUUAGAGAGUGUGUGUGCAGCUGGGAUCUGAGGAGAGGAGCUGUAAGAACAGGGCGGUGUGUGUUCUCGUCCCUGCUGGUCGGGGUACGAGUAGGGAGCUGGCCUCCCCAAAUAGACACUUUUGAAUCUCGUCUCAUCAUCCUUGUCAGAAAAACUAAUGCAAAUGGAAGAGGGACACCGAAGCUCCUCUGAGCAUGCGAUGGAGGUCAAAGGCUACAUUAAGGAGUUCACCCGUCACUCCAACGACGUGUUGCUGAACUUAAAUGAACUGCGGCACCGGGACAUCCUUACAGAUGCCACGCUGCUUGUGGGCACCGCCAGGCUGCGCGCCCACUGCGCCGUGCUCAUCGCAUGCAGCGGGUUCUUCUACACUCUCUUCUCUCGUCGAGCGGCCGGUGCUGGCGGUGAGCGGGGGUUCUCUCUCACUCUCCCCGAGGGGCUGGACGCAGGCAGCGUGUGUCUGCUGCUGGACUUCAUGUACACCUCCUGCCUCCCUCUCACGCCCCGGACAGUAUCCGGCGUGCUCUCCGCUGCCACCUAUCUGCAGAUGGAGCAUGUCGCUGACACCUGCCGAGCUUUUAUUCAAAGUGAAAGGAUCUCUGCGAGUCCUUCUUUGUUGGAGCCAGCCUCCAGAGCACCACUCGGUGGAAGGUCACCACCUGCUCAUCCCACCAUCUUCUCCUCACCCUCCAGGCCUACCGCUGAGGCAGAAGAUCCAAUCCCAGACCGAGCCAGGGUUCCAAGUGAGAGCUUUGCCUCGCCAGAUCCAGAAACUUGCCUGAUUGCUAUCCCCAAGCCUCAGGCCCUAAAAGUAGAGGAAUCCUCACCUGCAACCCCAUCCACACCAUCCCCAGACAGUCCUUCCCAUUCCAGCGGGCAACCCAACUCACCUGCUGAGUCCAGUGGCUGCAGUCUGUCUCCCCAGUUAAAGAAGCGAUCUGAAUCCAAGCCUACUCCUCACCCAAAGGCCUGUAACUGGAAGAAGUACAAGUAUAUUGUCCUCAACCCUCUGUGUGCCACACCUAUAAAGGAGGAGGGGCCUGAAGAGGAGCGGCAAGCACAAAGCAACGCCCCCUUUGACAAUGACAAGAUGGAAGUCUCGUCUAAAACUACAAAUAGCAUUUGGACAACCGAAGAGCCUGGACUGAAUAAUAGGAAAACUUUGUCUCUGCCAUAUAACACACCACAGCAAAACAUAUAUUUUAGUCCCCAUCAUGUUAUGGACAGCAGCUUGCAUCCCCUGCCCCUUUCGGUCGGUGAGGAUAAAGGUCUCUGCAGUCCUUAUAUUUGUACCCAAAUUGCCAAUCAGAGUAAUUUACUGGGCCAGCACUCAAUCAAGUUUGAGAACCUCUCUACACAGCUCGGUUACCGUGGAAAUCAGGCAACAAACACGAAAUCCUCCUGCUCAGGAGACAAACCUUACCGCUGCAAUGUGUGUGGGGCACAGUUCAACCGGCCUGCCAAUUUAAAGACUCAUUCCCGCAUCCACUCUGGAGAAAAGCCCUACCGCUGCGACACAUGUGGAGCCAGAUUUGUCCAGGUAGCUCACCUGCGUGCCCAUGUUCUGAUCCACACCGGGGAAAAGCCAUACCCAUGUAACACCUGUGGGACACGUUUCCGUCACCUGCAGACGCUGAAGAGCCACCUGCGCAUCCACACUGGAGAGAAGCCUUACAGCUGUGAGAAAUGCCACCUGCACUUCCGUCAUAAGAGCCAGCUGAGGCUUCACCUGAGACAGAAACACGGCGCAAUCACCAACACCAAGAUCCGCUACAAGGUUCUGGCUGACCCGUACCAACCUGGACCCACCCUGCUUCAAGCUUGUUAAGAGCCAUGCCGAAACAUCUCUGGCACCAUUUCUACAUGCUCUCUCCGCAGAUAGGUCGAGCUCUAAACUGAAAAUGGAUGGAUAUAUAAAACAGUAUUAUAAAGAGUUUAAAGAGGUGGAGUGCUGCAUUCGAGGACGGCUUGACUAUAAUUAUAUUACUGAAGGUAUAGUCUUCCAAGAAUGCAGUAGUCCUGCACUAGAUGUGCUGACUAUUAUCUUUAUUAUUUGUUACUAGACUAUUUUUUUAUUUAUUUUUCUUUGCAUACUAGGUUCCUCGUGCUAUUUAAUCAGUUAUUUUGUUGGCAUAUUGGCCACUUUUUUGUGGCAGGAAAAAUGGUGAAAAUUGUCAAAAGAAGUAAAAGAAGCAUGUUGUAUGAAAAUACUUUAGUAGAUAUGGAAUGAUAUGGAUGGUUUUCGCUUUUUUUUGUUUUGUUUUUUGCUGUAAUGACAAAGAUGGUUUGUGGCAGAGUGUGAAGGCGUUUAUUAGGAGUUCAGAUUUGAAUUUGAGAGAGCUGAAUGAAGGUAAAAGGAUUAGAUAUGUGGAAUUCUGCAAGAAAGUGGGAAAGAUUAUGAAAGAUUAUGAAAGAAUGAAUGAAAGGAAGUGUGAAGAAGGAAUUAAGCAUGUUAGGAAAGAACAGAUAAAAUAUACAUUUGUAUGAUUUUUUUAUUAAUAAUGUAAUUGUAUUUAUUUAUUUUGUUUUGCCCAAAAGUAUUGCUCUUAUUUGUUUGUGGAUGCUUUCUGGUGUUUUUACUAUAUUCUGUUAACUAUUUAAGAAGAUAACAGAACAGCCAGAAUGGAAAAACUCAAAAUAUAGCCUCUUAGUUGUUUAUUUAUAAAAAGAAGAACAUCUGUAGAGGACUUGAUACUUAUGUUUAAAAGACCAUGAUUUCAUGAUUUUUAUGGUGUAUUAUAGUUGCUGAGAGUCCAAGCAGGUUGAGGACUCACAUUAGCCAAAAUAAUAUACAUGUAAAGAUUGAUGAUGAUGAUGAUGAUGAUGAGUAUAAUGAUGUCAACAAUACUAUGUUGCACUCUUUUGCUGGACAAAGACAAGACCCAUUUUAUAUAAAUUAAAGUUAAAUUAAUUUCUCA